AUUAAACCCCUAACCUUAUCCUCUAUUUUCCUUACCCUAUUUUCAGGCACUAUAAUCACAAUAUUCAGUUCACACUGAUUACUAAUUUGAAUCGGACUAGAAAUAAGUAUAUUAGCUAUCACGCCGAUCCUAAUUGAAAAAGCCAACCCCCGCUCAACCGAAGCAGCUACCAAAUACUUUCUAAUUCAAGCGACAGCCUCCAUACUUCUAAUAAUAGCCGUAAUUACAGACUCAAGUUAUUCCGGGCAGUGAACUGCUAUAAACAAAUUCAAUCAAGCAUCCUCAAUAAUAAUCUUAAUUGCCUUAAUGAUAAAACUAGGCCUCUCACCCUUUCACUUCUGAGUACCCGAAGUCGCACAAGGAGUGUCACUAACAUCCGGAAUAUUACUCCUCACAUGACAAAAACUAGCCCCUAUUUCAAUUCUAUAUCAAAUUAACAUAACCCUAGAUCUAACGCUAAUAACCUUAAUUGCCUUAACCUCCAUUGCAUUAGGUGGCUGAGGGGGACUGAAUCAGACACAACUACGAAAAAUCCUAGCUUACUCCUCUAUUGCCCACAUAGGAUGGAUAGUUGCAAUUCUAAAAUAUAACUCUGCUAUAAUAAUCCUUAACCUCCUUAUCUAUAUUAUUCUAACAAUUACACUAUUUUCUAUAUUAAUCCUAUUCUCAAGUACUACAAUCCUAGCAAUAUCUAACUCAUGAAAUAAAAUUCCAUUAGCAUCAUCUAUAAUACCCCUAAUUCUACUAUCCCUAGGAGGACUACCCCCACUUACGGGCUUCCUCCCUAAAUGAGCAAUUAUUCAAGAACUUAUGAAAAAUAAUAAUACACUCAUCCCAAUAUUAAUGGCUAUUACAGCCCUACUUAACCUAUUUUUCUACAUACGUUUAACAUACUCAACAACCCUUACUAUAUUCCCAGUCAAUAAUACUACAAAAAUAAAAUGACAAUUUGAAAACACAAAACUAAUAUUUAUUGUACCCACUCUAACAACCUUAUCCACCCUACUUUUACCCAUAUCCCCCAUGCUCCUACAACUAGAGUAG